AUGGAUGACGUCAAGCUCGCGACGAACCGGCGGCACUUUCUGGGGGCGUUGUCGGCGGCCGGGCUCGGGUCGACCCUGCUCCCCGGCGCCCUCGUGGCGGUGGCCCAGGAUGCGGACGUGGUCACGGUGGAGAUGCUCGAGGCGGCGCAGCGGCUCGCGGGGCUGCAGUUCACGCCCGACGAGCUCCAGCGGCUGGCCGAGCGCCUGAACGGCGCGGGUGACCGGCGGCGGGACUACGAGACGCUGCGGGCCGCGAACCUCGGGAACUCCCAGCAGCCGGCCAUCGUGUUCAAUUCGGUGCCGCCGGGCAUGACCCUGCCGGCCGAGCGCGGUCCCCAACCGGCGCGAGCCGGUCACCGUCGCCAUGCCGGCCAGCGACGAGGCCCUGGCCUUCCUGCCCGUCACCCAUCUCGCACGGCUCGUCGAGACGCGGCAGGUCAAGCCGUCGGAGCUGACCGAGCUCUACCUGGCGCGGCUGAAGCAGCACGAUCCGGCGCUGCACUGCGUGGUCAGCUACACCGAGGACCUCGCCCGGCGCCAGGCCCGGCGGGCCGACGAGGAGAUCGCGGCGGGGACCUACCGGGGGCCGCUGCACGGGAUUCCCUGGGGCGCCAAGGACCUCCUCGCGGUGCGGGGGACCCGAACCACCUGGGGCGCCUCGCCCUAUCGGGAGCAGACCAUCGACACCGACGCGACCGUCUAUCGCAGGCUCACCGAGGCCGGGCCGUACUGGUGGCGAAGCUGUCGAUGGGGGCCCUGGCCUCCGGCGACCGCUGGUUCGGUGGCCGCACCCGCAGCCCCUGGAACCUCGAGCAGGGAUCCAGCGGAUCGUCGGCCGGCCCGGGGGCGGCGACCGCGGCCGGUCUCGUCGGGUUCUCGAUCGGCACCGAGACCCGCGGGUCCAUCAUCUCGCCCUCGACCCGGAACGGGGUCACCGGCCUGCGGCCGACGUUCGGCCGGGUGAGCCGCCACGGCGCGAUGGCCCUGAGCUGGACCAUGGACAAGAUCGGCCCGAUGUGCCGGUCGGCCGAGGACUGCGCCCUCGUCUUCGCGGCCAUCCAGGGACCGGACGGGCUCGACAACACCCUGCUCGACGUGCCGUUCAACUGGGACGCGGCCAGCGACCGGGCCGGCCGCCGGCAGACGCUCGGCAACAACCGGGCCGCCCUCGACGCGAUCCGCGGCCUCGGGGUGCAGGUGGCGCCGCUCGACCUGCCCGAUCUGCCGAGUGGGGCGAUCGGCUUCAUCCUCGGCACCGAGGCGGCGGCGGCGUUCGACGUGCCGACCCUGAACGCCCGGCUCGACGGCAUGCGGGACGAGCCCGAGCGCAGCCGGUGGCCGGACAGCUUCCGGGUAUCCCGCUUCGUGCCGGCCAUCGAGUAUCUGCAGGCCAAUCGCCUGCGCAUGCGCAUCAUCGAGGACCUGCACGAGGCGCUCGGCGACUUCGACCUGUUCGUCGGCAGCAACCUCGGGUUGACGAACCUGACCGGGCAUCCCGAGAUCAGCAUGCCCAGCGGGUUCCACGAGGGGAGCCCCACCAGCCUGCGGUUCACCGGCAAGCUGUUCGGGGAGCGGGAGAUUCUGCGUCUGGCCCACGCGUUCCAGAUGGCCACCGACCACCAUCUGCAGCACCCGCCGCUGUAG